AUGACCGGCGACGAGAAGCACUGGGAGUCCGAAGCUCUCUCUUUGAGGAGAGUCGCCUUCGUUGGUGUUGCCCUCUCCACCGCGGCCACUCUCGUCUGCAUCAUCUCUGUACCGAUGCUCUACAACUACAUGCAACACAUGCAGUCGGUCAUGCAGAACGAAGUUGACUUCUGUAAAUCCCGCUCAGGAAAUAUCUGGAGAGAAGUGACUCGUACUCAGGCAAGUCACAACCACCUUAAUUUCAAUUAA